AAGCUCAACACUCCCUACGACGACCCUCUCGCCGACCCUCUCACCGACGCUGAUCCCGCAGACUCAGACUCCGAGCCCGACUCCAGAUUCUCUAAGGUGGGAAUGGCAAUGAAGUCUGGAUUUUGGACAUGCGUUGACAUGGCAAGUGGCCGCUAUCUCUGGAACCACCUCUGUUCGAAUUCCGACCGCUCUUCUUGA